AACAAUCCCAAUAUUAUUUACAUAGUAAUUUUAUAAUUAUAAUUAUACAAGUAUAUAUAUACUCCAGUCUCCACUAUCGUAAGUUCGUAACUGCUCUCCUCCUCCCUAACAUUUUGUUGGCUCAUUACUCCAGAUCCUUCUUCCUCCCUAAUCCCAUUCUAAUCAAACCCAGAAAAAUGAAAGACAACUCCAGAAAUUGGAGUUUGGCUUUCAUUUUAUUCAAUUUUGCUAUGAAUUUACCCUUUGCUUUCUCAGAAUUUACCUCAAAACAGUACGGUGAUGCUCUUUCCAAGAGUCUAUUGUACUUCGAAGCGCAGCGUUCAGGGCAUUUGCCUCAUAAUCAAAGGGUUUCUUGGCGAUAUCAUUCUGGCCUACUUGACGGCCUUGAUCAAGGGGUAGAUUUGGUGGGUGGAUACUAUGAUGCCGGUGACAAUGUAAAAUUCGGGUUUCCGAUGGCGUUUACGGUGACAAUGUUGUCAUGGGGAGUAGUUGAAUAUGGGAGGGAGAUGAUGGCCGCCGGAGAGUAUGAUCAUGCACUUGAAGCAAUCAAAUGGGGCACAGAUUAUUUCAUUAAAACUCAUCCUCAACCUAAUGUUUUAUGGGCUCAGGGGUUCGAUUCUCACCAUUUGCAAGAAGGAUCCCCGAUUUAUCCCCCUCUUGUAGGUGAUGGCAACACCGAUCACUAUUGUUGGCAACGGCCAGAAGACAUGACAACAUCACGGCAAGCUUACAAGGUCGACGAAUCAAACCCGGGAUCAGAUAUAGCUGGCGAGACGGCCGCAGCAAUGGCGGCUGCUUCCUUAGUGUUUAGAACUACCAACCCAACUUACUCUAAUAUGCUCUUGGACCAUGCUCAACAAUUGUUUGAGUUUGGGGACAAGUAUAGAGGAAAAUACGAUGAUAGGCUGAAGGAAGUAGAAGGUUAUUAUCCUUCAUGGAGUGGGUACAAAGAUGAGUUGUUAUGGUCAUCUUUGUGGUUAUACAAAGCCACUAACAAGGAUUAUUACUUGGACUAUGCUAUCAACAAUGCUGUCUCCUUUGGGGGAGUCACUUGGGCUAUCAAUGAAUUUAGCUGGGACAUCAAAUAUGCUGGCGUUCAAGUUAUUGCCUCCAUGCUAUUAAGAGAAGAGAAGAAUGGUAAGCACAAGCAAAUGUUAGAGCAAUACCGAUCAAAAGCAGAACACUACAUUUGUGGUUGCCUAAACAAGAACAAACUCAACAACGUGAAGCGCACCCCAGGGGGCUUACUGUACACCCGCAGGUGGAACAACAUGCAGUAUGUAUCAAACGCAGCGUUUCUUCUUACAGUCUACUCUGAUUAUCUCCAAACGACGGGUCAAACUCUGAAAUGCCCUCAAGGAGAAGUAGAACCACAAGAAAUAUUCUCCCAAGCCAAAUCACAGGCAGAUUACAUAUUGGGGACAAACCCAAUGGGCCUAAGCUAUUUGGUUGGUUUUGGGCCUAAAUACCCAUUAAGGGUCCACCACAGAGGAGCUGCAACCCCAUCGUACAAAGAGUGGGUGGAAUUUAUUGGGUGUACUGAGGGAUACAAUAAGUGGUAUGGACACCCGAAUCCAAACCCAAAUCUUUUGACUGGGGCCCUUGUUGGUGGGCCCAAUGGUGAAGACGAGUUUAUUGAUAAGAGGAGUAAUUAUGCACAGACUGAGGCUUGUACAUACAAUUCUGCCCCAUUGGUUGGACUUUUUGCUAGAUUGCAUAGUUCUAUGAAUUACUCCACUAAUUAUGCUUCUAUUUAGUGUUUACUGUAAAUUAAGUGAAAGAAUUAUCACUAUUGAUGAUAAAUUUACAAUUUUGAAGCGUGGGCCCAUGCUAAGAGGCCAGCUAAAA